AUGAUGGCAGCCAGUGUUAAUACUAAGGACGAUAUCUUAGACAAAGGCGCUCAUAGUGACCGAGGAGGUUUGUGGUUCGGACCCCGGCUAGGCAAACGAUCCUUCUCCCAAAUCGAUGAAGAGAACAGGGAAACCUUCCUUAGACUACUGGAAGCUGCCGACGCCUUGAAAUACUAUUACGAUCAACUGCCAAAUGAAAUGCAAUCUGACGCGCCUCCAUCUAAAGUUAUAAAGAAGGUAAUAUUCACUCCAAAACUUGGCCGCGCUGUUUAUCAAGAAAAUAGGUACGAAAAUGUUGAAUUCACUCCUCGUUUGGGAAGGAAGUUGCCUGAAAGGAUCCCAGCCACUUUCACAGUCGACGAAGAUAGAGCCGAUCAAGUCAUGGCUGACUCUCGAUCGAACUUCUUUUCGCCCCGACUUGGCAGGAACUUCAAAUACUCUCCAAGACUUGGCAGAGAACUUCUCUAUGAUUUAUACCCAGAAUCUCAAAUUAGAGUGGUGAGAAGCAUCAACAAGACAAAAUCUACU